AUGUUGCCUUUAGAACACAGUCUGCAGUUCUCCGUGGAAUGUAGGAAACUCACACUGUCCUGCAUGUGGAAGAUGAAGGGAAUAAGCACUAAAAGAAUGAGAAAAGAGGAGGAACCCAGACUGUCCUCUAAGGAAAAGGCAAAGUUGAGGAUGUAUGGAAAUGAGUCAUUGAGGAGUCUGUUAGAUUUACCAUAUUUAAACCUUCCCUCCUAUACCAUUCCUCCUGAACAGGCAUCAGACUUCACUGUCCAUGACCUCUGCAAGGUCAGGUCCGACAUCCCAGGCUAUUUGGAGAAGUUGGUGAGCUACCUGGCAACUGCUGUACAAACUGGGGACUUCCUGUUUGUCUGUACCUUCCUUGGCAUCUUCCAAAGGUUCGGCACUACCUGGCAGGUGCUGGACCUGAUAAUGGAAAGGUAUGCGUCCUUCCAGCCAGACAGUGAGGAGGACCAGCAAACAAAAGACGCCAUAUGCUUCUUCCUGGGACUGUGGAUGGAAAAACUGCCAGGGGAUUUUUGUCAAUCUCCGGAUCAGGCCACUCUGAACAAACUGAGGAACUAUGUGCAAGUCAACAUGCCUUCCUCAGCCCUGGCUGUCCAAAUUCAAGAGCUCCUGCCACUUCUGGAAGUGCAGGAGUCCAAGAAGGCAACACCCAAAAAAGAGGAGGCUUCUGGUGCCUCCACUGACAGUGCCUCUCUUUCUGUCCUUCGAUUUGGAGCCCUACAGGACAGCAGCUUCUGAACUCCCAGCACAGUAUUCACCAGUGAUGCCAGAGACUGUAAAUCCCAGUCCAGCUUCUGCAAGCAGAGCUUUGGGGGACCUGAUACCUCAAAAGUAUCCUAUGAUAAUCACUCUUGUACCAGCAGCAGAGCCUCGGGGACAGCCGGCUCCUGGAGAGGAUCCUGUGAAACCUGAUUUCGUGGAACUACGUCUAUGAGUAGCCCAGUCAACACCUAUCCUGAGUGUUGCAUGUGUAGAGUAGUAUCUGUCCACAGCAGCCAGUGCACUACCUCCAGAUGUGGAUGCAGAUGUUCCAUCUCCUGUGCAGAUGUUUUUUCACAAAUAGGAAAUUUAGACCCUGUUUCCCCUUUUCCUAAGAUAGACAUAUGGUCAGGAAAUUUUAGAAUCACUGUUUGCGUCCAGCAGCAGCUCCACAGCUGAGGUACUUCCCAUC